CCCGGAGCCGCCACCGCCCCCGAGGCGGGCAGCGGCCGCCGCACACCGGCGGGUGGGGUCGGUGCCGCGGAUCUCCCUGGAGCCCCGGGCCGGGGCACGCCCUUCUCUCCUCCCCUCUGGGCCGGGGCUCCAGGAGGCGCCUGCCUGCAGCAGGGCUGUGUCGGUGCCGGCACCGUCCCGCCCCGCCCCAAACGAGCGGCGGAACCCGGCUCUCCCCGCCCGCCCCCUCGGAGCCCUGCGCCUCAGGUGGGCUCAGCCCAUAGGCUGUGCCAGGCCCCGCCCCCGCCCGGCAGCCAAUCCCCGCGGCAGCCCAGCGGAGUGGCAGGGCUGGCGGCAAACCGGAGGGGCCGGGCGGGAAGCUCUGGCGGCGCUGGGCCGGGAGCCGAGUGUCACCUCGGAAGAAUAUAACCUUGCUGCCCCACUGACCGGCUGGCAAUAUUGGCUCCUCUACACUCUUGCCUGCAGUGCCCACUGUAUCUCAGUGUAGCCCAGACAGGCUACAGAGACUUUUUUGGGGCUCACCUAAUUGUUGCUUGUCCAAGAAAACAAGAUGGAUGGGAAGAAGUGGUACAAAGUUAUGGAGAAGGUGGUUCCAGCAGGGUCCAAGUCUCUUCUUUAAAGAGAAGCUCCAGCAUCCAGGAGGCUGAAAAGCAAACACUCCAAUCGGUCAAAAUGGAAGGAGGCAACAGUCCAAAUCUACAACUUCAGCAACUCCCACUGGCCACGGCAGCAGUUUCUGUGCAGCCACACACUGACUCCUUUUCGUACAAGGAGAACCUGAUUGGUGCAUUACUGGCUAUUUUUGGGCAUCUUGUCAUCAGUAUUGCACUCAACCUCCAGAAAUACAGCCACAUCCAGCUGGCAGGUUCCAAAGACCCCCGAGCCUACUUCAAAACCAAGACGUGGUGGUGUGGACUGUUCCUGCUGGUGCUGGGAGAACUGGGAGUGUUUUCCUCUUACGCCUUUGCUCCUCUUUCACUGAUUGUGCCACUCAGUGCAGUGUCUGUUAUAGCAAGUGCAAUCAUAGGAAUUAUAUUUAUUAAAGAGAAAUGGAAGCCCAAGGAAUUCUUGAGGCGCUAUGUUUUGUCCUUUGUAGGCUGUGGUUUGGCAAUUGUUGGAACUUAUCUGCUGAUAACAUUUGGACCUAAUAGUCAUGAGAAGAUGACAGGAGAAAAUAUCACUAGGCAUUUAGUGAGCUGGCCCUUUCUGUUGUAUAUGCUUGUGGAGAUCAUCAUGUUCUGCCUGCUGCUGUAUUUUUACAAGGAGAAAAAUGCAAACUACAUUGUAGUUAUUCUCCUGCUGGUAGCUUUGCUGGGUUCCAUGACCGCGGUGACGGUGAAGGCUGUGGCAGGCAUGAUCCUCGUCUCCAUACAAGGAAACCUGCAACUCGACUACCCCAUCUUUUACAUCAUGUUGGUGUGCAUGAUUGCAACAGCCAUCUUCCAAGCAAUGUUUUUGGCACAAGCCUCACAGCUCUAUGACUCCUCCCAGAUUGCCAGUGUUGGCUACAUCCUGUCCACAACAGCAGCGAUCACAGCAGGAGCAACUUUUUACUUGGACUUCACCGGUGAAGAUGUUCUCCAUAUAUGUAUGUUUGCACUUGGGUGCCUCACAGCAUUUCUAGGUGUCUUCCUGAUCACAAGAAAUAGGAAGAAAUCUGUACCAUUUGAACCGUACAUCUCGAUGGAUGCUAUGCCAGGCAUGCAGAACAUGCACGAUAAAGGGACUGCAGUUCAGCCUGACCUCAAAGCUUCUUUCUCCUACGGCGCCCUAGAGAACAAUGACAACAUGCCAGAAAUCUAUACUCCAGCCACGCUGCCGAUCGUGCAGGAGCAGCAUGGCCCCAAAGGAGCUUCUGCUCCACCCUACCGGGUGCUGGAGCACAGCAAAAAGGAGUGAGUGACCUUUAAGGAACUGAUUUGAAUUGUCAGAAGUAUGACCUUUAUUUAUUUACCUAUGAAAACAUAAGCAAGUGUAAAGCCAACCUUGAUACAGUUUAAAGCUCGUCUGAAGCUUAACUUUCAAGGCUGAUUAUGAAAAUAAAGAACUCUCUAUAGCUAUGAAGUUGAAUGCAUUUGUCUUAGCAAGAAGUAAAUCCUCCACUGAAGGUGCUGCCUGGAGCGGUGAGUGCAGUAUCCCGGCAAUAUGGAACCGAUGGGAUAGCCAAUGCUGUGAAAACCUGGAGCAGUGGGAAGAGAAGUGACUGGGCAGUGGUUAGUCCUGCUGCGAGUGGGGUUUCUCCAAAUAGAUAUUUCCAGGAGUUGCUUGCAGAGAGAGAAGGGCAGCGGUUAAUGUUCCAUCUGUAGAGGAUGUAGUGGUUUCCAGAGAAGUUGUAACUCCUCAUGUCUCUGGCAUGACCACCAAACACCUUAACAUGGCAAUAAAAUGUAAUUGUGUUCAAGUGCUAAUACUGCAACUUUCUGUGUCUUUAGAGCAGCACAACUGGUUAGAGUUAGCAAGCUGCUUUGGUCCUCCCCAACAUGAAUCUUGGGCACCUCCUGUACAGCUGUUCCGUUUAGUGUUGAGCACAUGCCCUGAGUAUGUGAAUUGUUUUUAUAGCACCACAGGCUUAUAUGGCAGCUUAGAACAGAGAUCACUUGCCAGUUUUCUGUUUCAUAGCAGGAGCUUCUAGUUGGGUUAAAUGCUGCAGAGGAAACACUGUGAAUUAUGAGAGCAAGAAGAAAUGAGAAGAGUAACGUGGCUGGUAUCUGAUGGGAAAUUUUUGUAGCUCUUUAUGAGGUCCUGAUUCUCUGUCAGUUUUAUUUCCUUUCUGGUUGAGGCAGGACUGCCAGCUUUGUUCAGUGGCCUUAAAUGCGUAAAGGUGUUGAUAUUCCUCAGUGAAAAAGCUCAGUCCAGGUGCUGUAGCUGGGGUGUCCCCUCUUUUUUGCCUCUUAAGGGUGGGGGGGGGGGCAAAAAAAGGGUACUAGUCUAAUACUGUGAAGGAGCUAAGGAGAAGAAAGAAGCAUGCACAGUCCAGCACUCAGCCAGUGAAUAAUGGAGCAUUGUGUACUCAGGAUAUUUAUCUUUCCAGCUCCCAAGAGAUGGCUCGAAGCUGAUACGAAGGGAGAAUAGACACAAGGGGGGGAACUUGUCAAGGGAAAAGGACAAAGUACAACAAUUACUGGCAUAUGCAGGUUCUACUGGUGCUUUGAUAUCCUCAUCUUCACUAAAGCUACUGUUUUACUGGGAAACAGAAGGUUAAGGCCACUUGGUGUGACCUGGGCUCUGUGCAUAGUGGAGUGUCUCCAGGACCUCAGAAGACUUGAUUUGAAAUGAACAGUGCUUGUGUUCGGUGUGUUUUUAAGUGGUUACUCUAGUACCAGGGGGUUGGGAGGAUCUUGGACUUGCAGCAGUGGCUUUCUGCAUUUAUUUAUUUGACUCACAGCCAGUUUCUGGUUCCCAUUACUAAAAAUUCCCAAGAACUCCACUGACUUUAUAUAGUUAUUCCAGAUUCUUGCUGUCGUAUGUGACAACAGAACUGCUCUUUUGCGAAUGUUUGCCUUGCAGCUCUGAAUACCAGUUCAGUCUGGAAAUACUUGAGAUUGCUUUAGCAUUUUUGUGCUUAGAAAAAUGGCAGCCUUCCCCCCCUGCAAAAAGCAGAUGCCCCGUUGCUGUCCGUGUACCUGUGUGGAGUUUCUUCACCAGCUUGGAUGUCUGACAAUCCCGAUGUUAUCAGUGGCAUCCCAUAUGCUAUAGCAUAUGAAACCUCAAGAAACAACAGCUUUUCUUUUCCCCUCAAUACCGUUUGUGUUUAAGUAACAUAAUGAUGUUAAUGGGCUAAUACUGCCAGAGCAUUCAUCUUGUUGGAGUUGCAGUGACACUGAUUUACUGCCUUUGGCUUUGUAUCCCCAGAAAUCAAUUGUGAAUUUAUGUGCAGCUUUUGUUAAUGAGCAACAUAAACCACAGUAGUACAGGGGAGGCUGGAUGGGAAGGGUACAAGAAUGGUGCCUUUUCUUAUCUCUUCCCUUUUAAUCAAUGAGGCAAUAGCUGUUUUGAUCUAUUAGUUCUGAAACCACAGAAGCAUACUGUUUUAAAACAAGCUGUGCUAAGCCACACAUAACUGCAAACUCCACUUUUUACAUGGCAAUAUUUUCUCUGUUGCAUUAUUACAGAGGUGGCUGUGCUAUAAAAUUAAUCAGAACAGCCUAAAUGUUUUGCUGUUGACUUCUAUUAUUAAGAUGAUCCUGUGUGAAACAGGAUGUGGUUUUCCCAGCUCUUAGUUUCUCAGUAGUAUUUAAAAGGUGCAGUUGACUGGUGUGCAGCCUCUGCAGCCUGGAAACGGCUGGUUGGGGUUUUCUUCUAAUCUUAGGACCUGACAUGGUGAGAGACAGAUGCAGGGUGCUGUGCCAGAGUGGAGAGCUGCUGAUGCAGAGCCGCUGCUUGCAUGGAGGGGCUCCUAGAAGCCUGUUUGAGCUUGACUGUAGGACUUUGUGCUCUCACAGUGGGAGGGUGUAGCUCAGGGUUGAGAGAAACUCCACACCUCCCUUCUAGUUCAGAGAUUACAAGCUGAAAACACGAAGCUAUUUGUACCCUCAGGUCUAUACUUUUUACAGAGUAUUUCUUAGUCUGAGGUGACAAUGGCCAUGCCUGGGACUGCAGCAAGCAGAGCUAAACAACACCUGAAGAUUUAAAGGAGAGGAGCCCCAUGCCGCAUUCUAGUCCUUCUUGCAGAGUGAAAAGGGAUCUGCUGGUGUAGAGCACACUUUAACAUGCAUGUGGUGUCAAAGCUUCAGCUUACCCAGGGCUACCCCCGACAGGCAGGGCACUGUCCCACAGAGUGCUUCCAUUUGCAAACGGGUGAUGCUUCUCAGCAUGGAGAGCUGGACAAGUGUGCAUGGGAAUCCACGGGCUGCUGUCUCCUUCUCUAACCUCGUGCAGCAGCUCCUUGACUCUCCCUGUCUUGGCUGCUUUAUCAAAUGUGAACUGACAUCUGUUGCCUCUACACUGCACGCACCAGAGCACUUAAUACGUUCUCAGUGUAUAUCUUACAUGUAACUUAAUGCUGUGGAAUACAGCUCCUGUGUUGGCUGAAUGUACAAAAUGAUCUGCCUACAAUGUUCUCUUGUUCACAUUAAAACAGGUAAAAAAGAAAGAAAAAAAUCAAGCUUUUCAGUAUUGCACUAUAAGGAAAACUGCUUAUUUUUUCACAAGCAAGGUUGCAUGACUGUUUAAUUCUAUUUGUCUUUUAGGCAAGACCUUUGGAAAUGAAACUUAAUAAAACAUUGUGGUAAAACCUA